AUGAACUGCAUGUCAGAUUUCUUUACCUACGAGACCACCAAGUCUGUGGUUGUGAAGAGCUGGACCAUUGGGAUCAUCAACCGGGCAGUUCAGCUUCUCAUCAUCUCCUACUUUGUGGGGUGGGUUUUCUUGCACGAGAAGGCGUACCAGGUGCGGGACACAUCCAUUGAGUCCUCCGUGGUAACCAAGGUGAAGGGCUUUGGACGCUACGCCAACAGAGUCAUGGAUGUGUCUGACUAUGUGACACCACCCCAGGGCACCUCCGUCUUUGUCAUCAUCACCAAGAUGAUCGUCACUGAAAACCAGAUGCAAGGGUUCUGCCCAGAGAGCGAGGACAAGUACCGCUGUGUAUCAGACAGCCAGUGCGGGCCCGAGCGCUUCCCGAGUGGGGGGAUCCUCACCGGCCGCUGCGUGAAUUACAGCUCCGAGCUCCGCACCUGUGAGAUCCAGGGCUGGUGCCCUGCCGAGGUGGACACAGUGGAAAGGCCUGUCAUGAUGGAAGCCGAGAACUUCACUAUUUUCAUCAAGAACAGCAUCCGUUUCCCCCUCUUCAACUUUGAGAAGGGAAACCUCCUGCCCAAUCUGACCGCCGCCGACAUGAAGACCUGCCGCUUCCACCCUGACCAGGCCCCCUUCUGCCCCAUCCUGCGGGUGGGGGAUGUGGUCAAGUUUGCGGGGCAGGAUUUUGCCAAACUGGCCAGCACGGGCGGGGUUCUGGGCAUUAAGAUCGGCUGGGUGUGCGACCUGGACAAGGCCUGGGAGCAGUGCAUCCCCAAAUACUCCUUCACCCGGCUGGACAGCGUUUCUGAGAAGAGCAGCGUCUCCCCGGGCUACAACUUCAGGUUUGCCAAGUACUACAAGUUGGAGAAUGGCAGUGAGUACCGCACGCUCCUAAAGGCUUUUGGCAUCCGCUUCGAUGUGCUGGUGUACGGGAACGCAGGCAAGUUCAACAUCAUCCCCACCAUCAUCAGCUCCGUGGCAGCCUUCACCUCCGUGGGAGUGGGGACUGUCCUCUGUGACAUCAUCCUGCUCAACUUCCUCAAGGGGGCCGACCAAUACAAAGCCAAGAAGUUUGAGGAGGUGAAUGAGACGACACUGAAGGUCGCUGCCUCGGCCAACCCAGUGUUCCCCAGCGACCAGACCCCGGAGGAGAAGCAGUCCACUGAUUCAGGGGCCUUCUCCAUCGGCCACUAGGGCCUCCACCCAGGGCCCCACACUCACUGCUGGGCUCCAGGCCUCCCAACAGAGGACCCCACCGGGCAAGGAGGAUGGGAGAGGGAGGGCUCUCCUUUCUGCUGCUCACCCCAUGAGGCCACAGCUGGAAGGCGACUGGGUCUCCCAGUGCCCCCUACUGAGACUUCACUCUCACCUUCACCCCUUGCCUGGCCCCUGUCUGCUUGCCAGGACCCCUGGGGCAGCAGCACCUGAGUCUUCCCCUUUCCAAAGAAUA